AUGUGCCACUUUCAGGUCUCCUCACACUGCUGGUGGGUUCCAUUUUGUCAUAGGGUGCUGGCAGAUUACGGGCCUCCCAUUGCUGCUGCCAGGCCCGUAAUCUGCCAUGGGCCCCCGUACCGCCUCCUCAUGCUGCUGCCAGGUCCAGAGUGUCUCAUGGGUCCCUGUACGGCCUCCCAUUGCUGCUGUCUCCAUCGCCACACUCUGCCAUGUGCCACUUUCAGGUCUCCUCACACUGCUGGUGGGUUCCAUUUUGUCAUAGGGUGCUGUAUGGCCUCCCAUUGCUGCUGCCUCCUCCACCACACUGUGGCUCCACACUCUGGUUUUGGCCCCGUGACUGCCCAAAUGAGUGAAGUGUGCGGUGAUUCUAAGAUCGACGGCACUCAUCUGCAUGUCAUACUG